AUGGACAAUACCGGCCACGCCGGUAUGCACACAUAUUCCUCCGCGGGUCGCCCUAGCAGCAGACGCACUAUAGAAGAAGUCUGCACCAUUCCCGGUACCAAGGUCCCUGCCAUUCCCGCCAUCCCGCCUGACUCUGUACCCAACCUGGAAUCUAUCCGCAAGGUCUACGAUGUCGCCUUUGCACCCGGGCUCGAUAAGUUCCUCGAGUCCAAUACCCAUUGGUAUGCCACCUACGGCUUUGACCUGCUGGCGAGCAACCGUAAUCUCCUGGGGCUGAUGCUCGCCUACCUCACACUUGUGAGCUCUCACCAUGACGCACCGGUCAAUACCAAUCCCACCCUAGUCAGCCAGGAGGCGCGCGUCACAUGGGCCAUGCUUUCACUCUGCGUGCGCGCGGAGAACACGGCCCCCGCUGCUGGCGACGAAGCAGACAAGCUCGCUCGACGCUUCCGCACCGUCGAGUCUCUUUUGACUGGCGAGCCUCUUACCAACACCGCCGCUUCGAUGUCCGAGUUCAUUCACCAGGAACCAGAGCCACAGGCUAUUGCCGAGGCGGAGGCCGAAGCCGAAGCCCGAGCUAAAGAGGCUGAGCAAGAUGCCCAGCGCCCACCCUUUGCGCGACAAGUGGCACGCCGCGGCUCCGAGUUCUGGGCCAUCCUAGAAGGCAUCGCCACCGCGCAGGGCCGCGGUACGCUGGGCGCGCCGGAUAUCAAGGCCUCGAUUGCGCAGAUCAAGGGUUUGCUGGACGGGAAAGAGAACCGGGACGUCCUGUACGCUGCACUGCUCCUGGGCUGGGGCAUCAACGGGGAUCCGAGUGCAGAGCGAGAACUGGGGCGGCGGUUUUUAAUUAAUCAGGCGGGCGGGAGGGCCACGGACGCGGUCAGUGCGACUUUGUGCGGCAUGUGCCUGCGGGCGCUGGAGACGGAAAGUAAUGUUGAAGGGUCCGGUCUCAGCGGUCACGGUGGUGCCAGCGGUGGUGUUUGA